AAUCUCUCUCACUUGUCUUCCUUCCCAUUGCCUUCUCUAAUGUUGUGUAUUUAAGCAAAGGGAGCUUCCCUGACCCAUAAGACGCCAAUAGUGCGACAACAAAGAAUAAAACACCCAUCCCAACUCAAUAAAACACCACAUUUGUGUACGUAAAAAGAAAAAAAGAAAAAAGGCACAAAACAACACAAAAGUUAAAAAGAGAAUAAAGAGAGUGGCUGCUGCUGGGUACAAAAAAACAAGAGACAACGAUGGCUAUUAGCUUGGAGGAAAUCAAGAAGGAGAAUGUUGACCUUGAGCGGAUUCCGGUUGACGAAGUGUUUCAACAACUACAAUGCUCAAGGAGCGGCUUGACAUCUGAUGAAGGACAGAAGCGACUUCAAAUCUUCGGGCCCAACAAGCUCGAAGAGAAGAAGGAAAGCAAGUUCCUCAAGUUCCUUGGCUUCAUGUGGAACCCUCUUUCAUGGGUCAUGGAGAUUGCAGCCAUCAUGGCCAUUGCUUUGGCCAACGGAGGAGGCCAACCACCAGAUUGGCAAGAUUUUGUUGGUAUCGUGACACUCCUCAUCAUAAACUCCACUAUAAGUUUCAUCGAAGAAAAUAGUGCCGGCAAUGCCGCAGCUGCUCUCAUGGCAGGUCUAGCUCCCAAGACCAAAGUAUUAAGAGAUGGGAAAUGGGCGGAGCAAGAUGCCGCCAUCUUGGUGCCUGGUGAUGUCAUCAGCAUUAAAUUGGGUGACAUUGUCCCCGCUGAUGCUCGUCUCCUCGAAGGCGACCCUUUAAAGAUUGACCAGUCUGCCCUUACCGGAGAGUCCUUGCCUGUCACCAAAAACCCAGGCGAUGAAGUUUUCUCUGGCUCCACCUGUAAGCAGGGUGAGAUUGAAGCCGUUGUCAUCGCCACUGGAGUCCACACCUUCUUUGGAAAGGCUGCUCACCUGGUUGACAGCACUAACCAAGAAGGACAUUUCCAAAAGGUUAAUUUAAACCAUCAUAAUUUUUUGCAGGUAUUGACGGCCAUUGGGAACUUCUGCAUCUGCUCGAUCGCAUUAGGUAUGAUAGUUGAGAUCAUUGUAAUGUACCCAAUUCAACAUAGAAGGUAUAGAGACGGAAUCGACAACCUCCUAGUGCUUCUCAUUGGAGGAAUUCCGAUCGCCAUGCCCACUGUGUUAUCAGUGACGAUGGCUAUCGGAUCCCAUCGUCUCUCACAGCAAGGCGCCAUCACCAAGAGAAUGACAGCUAUUGAGGAAAUGGCUGGGAUGGACGUCCUAUGCAGUGACAAAACUGGAACUCUCACUCUUAACAAGCUCACGGUCGACAAAACUCUAGUCGAGGUCUUUGUGAAGGAUUGCGACAAGGAACAACUAUUGCUUCUUGGAGCCAGAGCAUCCAGGGUUGAGAAUCAAGAUGCAAUUGAUGCUUGUAUUGUUGGGAUGCUUGGUGACCCCAAAGAGGCCAGAGCUGGAAUCCAAGAGAUCCAUUUCUUACCUUUCAACCCAGUUGACAAAAGAACUGCUAUUACCUACAUUGAUGGACAGGGAAACUGGCACAGAGUUAGCAAAGGUGCUCCAGAGCAAAUCAUUGAACUUUGCAAACUUUCUGAAAGUGCUAAGAAGAAGGCUCUUGCCAUCAUUGACAAGUUCGCUGACCGUGGCCUUCGCUCAUUGGCUGUUGGCAGACAAACUGUGUCAGAGAAGACCAAGGAAAGCGCUGGAGAUCCAUGGCAAUUCGUUGGUCUAUUGCCCCUCUUUGAUCCACCAAGGCAUGAUAGUGCCGAGACCAUUAGGCGAGCUCUCCACCUUGGUGUUAAUGUGAAAAUGAUCACUGGUGACCAGCUGGCCAUCGGAAAAGAGACAGGGCGCAGGCUUGGUAUGGGAACCAACAUGUACCCAUCCUCUGCUCUACUUGGAGAACACAAGGACGAGUCUAUCGCUACCAUUCCGGUGGACGAGCUUAUCGAGAAGGCUGAUGGGUUCGCUGGGGUGUUCCCGGAACACAAGUAUGAGAUAGUGAAGAGGCUUCAAGACAUGAAGCACAUAUGUGGUAUGACAGGAGAUGGUGUGAAUGACGCUCCAGCACUGAAGAGAGCAGACAUUGGGAUUGCUGUGGCUGAUGCAACUGAUGCAGCCAGGGGUGCCUCAGACAUUGUCUUGACCGAGCCAGGGCUAAGUGUGAUUGUAAGUGCAGUGCUCACCAGCAGAGCCAUCUUCCAAAGAAUGAAGAACUACACAAUUUAUGCAGUCUCCAUCACAAUCCGUAUCGUGCUUGGAUUCAUGUUGAUUGCGCUCAUAUGGAAAUUUGACUUUUCACCCUUCAUGGUUCUCAUCAUCGCCAUCCUCAAUGAUGGGACAAUCAUGACCAUCUCCAAGGACAGAGUGAAGCCGUCCCCAUUGCCUGAUUCUUGGAAGCUCAAGGAGAUCUUUGCCACAGGAGUUGUUUUGGGGACAUACUUGGCCAUCAUGACCGUUCUCUUCUUCUUUGGCGCUUAUGGAUCUGAUUUCUUCAGCGAGAAGUUUGGAGUGAGGUCAAUCCGACAUAGCCCAGAUGAGUUGACAGCAGCUGUGUAUCUCCAAGUGAGCAUUGUGAGCCAAGCUCUCAUCUUUGUCACUCGCUCCAGAAGUUGGUCCUUUGUCGAGCGACCUGGCGUUAUGCUUAUGAUCGCUUUCCUGAUUGCACAAUUGGUGGCAACUUUGAUAGCCGUUUAUGCCAGUUGGGGAUUUGCAAGGAUCAAAGGGAUCGGAUGGGGAUGGGCUGGAGUCAUUUGGCUUUAUAGCCUUGUCUUCUACUUCCCUCUUGAUAUUCUCAAGUUUAUUAUCCGAUAUGCAUUGAGCGGCAAGGCUUGGGACAACCUCGUCCAAAACAAGACUGCUUUCACAAACAAGAACGACUUUGGAAAAGGAGAGAGAGAGGCACAAUGGGCAGCAGCCCAACGCACCUUGCAUGGGCUCCAGGCAGCAGACACGACAGAGUUGUUUGCUGACAAAAACAACUACAGGGAGCUCUCUGAAAUUGCUGAGCAAGCCAAGAGGCGUGCUGAGGUGGCAAGGCUGAGGGAGCUUCAUACUCUCAAGGGACAUGUUGAGUCGGUUGUGAAGCUCAAGGGUUUGGACAUUGAGACUAUCCAACAACACUACACCGUCUGAUCUACGUCGGGUGUUUACUAAUUGCGCUGUUUGAUUGGGAGAAAAGAUUGCCGUUGAGUGGGAGCUAAAUGCCCUAAGAAGUUUUGAGUGCAUCACCUCGUUGAUCAAACAGAGUAUUAAGUAGGAUUUUCUUUUAGAAUAAAUGAAAAAGCUGGAUACACUUUUUACUAUUCUUUAUGAUGUAAUAGUUUUAAGGAAUAAUCCAUUUAUGAGAUUGGACAUAAUAUGUAUGUAACAAUCUUGGGUUUGGAAACUGUAUUAUUUCAUUAAGAUAGUAGUAAGAUUUCUAUUUUUUCCCUUAUAUUCAUACUCUCGC